AUGACGACGACGACGACGACGAGCAGCGUCAGCGUUUUGAGCAACAACCUCCUUCUCGCCAGACAACAACAACAACGACGGCGAAAUGGUGUCAUCAUCACGAGGAGAAGGAAAUGUAAUUCCGGAGUGAGGAUUCAAUCUGCACUCUUCAGUGGUGGAGGACAAGGAUUGAAGAAAACGCCCGAGCAAAAGAACAAACUGAAACGAUUGGAAAAGUUAAACCCUGGUAAUAACGAGCAAGAGGAGGAGUUCUGGCCGGAGGAUUUGAAGCAGUUAAGAACGCCCAUCAUGGCGGGAAACUGGAAAUGUAAUCCGAAGACUUUGGAGGAGGCGAGGACGCUGGCCUCGUUAGUCGCCGCGAACACGGCGGAGGAUAGGAGAGACGCAGAUUUUUUCAACAACAACAACGAGAGAGGAGGAGGAGGAAGGAGUGGAUUUAAUCUCUUCAAUAAGAGGAACUCUAAUAAUAACAGAGGAGGAGGAAGAGGAGAUAAUAAGAACGUGGAGGUUUUGAUAUGCCCGCCGGCGGCGUUUUUAUCGGAAGUCUCUCAGUUGAUUGAAGGCUCGGGUGUCUACCUCGGCGCGCAAAACGUGACGUUUGAGAACGGCGGCGCGUUUACCGGUGAAAUGUCGUGCACGAUGGCAGAUUCUUUGGGCGUCACGCACGUUAUUAUCGGUCACAGCGAACGCCGUUCGCUCUAUUACGAAACGGACGAGGACAUUAACAAGAAAAUUAAGAAAGUCAUCGAGAAUGACAUGACGCCGGUGUUCUGCGUCGGCGAGACGAAAGAAGAGUACGAGAGAGGCGACGUGUACGACGUUUUAUCGUGGCAAUUAGCGGGUGGUUUAGACGGCGUAUCGGCGAAAGAUGUGGAAAAUAUGAUCAUCGCGUACGAGCCAGUUUGGGCGAUCGGUACCGGGUUGACUGCCACGCCGGCCAUCGCGCAAAGCGUACACAAACUAAUUCGAAACUGGAUUGCAGAAAAGUAUUCCAAAUCUGUCGCCGACAGGGUGCGCAUUCAAUACGGAGGGUCGGUCAAACCAGACUCAGUGGACGAGCUCAUGCAAUGCCCGGAUAUCGACGGGUGCCUUGUUGGGGGUGCGUCGUUAUCCUCGGACGAUUUCGCGCGCAUCUGUUCGUUUCAUCAAGGCACGAAGCCGGGAACGCCGCGCGUGUUGUACGCGGAAGAGUGCUUGGAAACGCAAAUGGAACUUGGCGAAUCUCCAGUUUGGUCGCAAAAAGACCAAAAGUUAUACUGGGUGGAUGCACCGAGAGGCACUUUGUACAGUUGGGACUUGCUCGAGGAGUUUCCGGACAUGAAAGAAUCCUUUGGGGAAACCUUAGGGUGCUGCGCUUUGAUGUCUAACGGCGAUUUGAUUUUAGGCUUGGCCUCGGGAUUGUACCAGUUUGACCCGAGAAGUAAAACGGUGAAAACGAGAUUGACUGACUUCGAACCCGGUUUAAAUACCAGACCAAACGAUGGUCGCGUCGAUCGCUCGGGUAAUUUUAUCAUUGGUAGUUACAACAACGACCACCGCGUUGAUGCGAGCGCCAUCGGAGGUUUGUGGCGCUUAGACGCGAACAACAAUCGACAGUUGGAAGAAGUCUUGGAUUAUAAACACAGAUGUUCCAACUGCAUUUGCUUCUCCCCGGACGGGCGCAAGAUGUAUUUUACGGAUACUCCUCGACGCGAAGUCUUUGAGUUUGAUUACGAUCCAAACAGAGGGCCUUUGAAUAGACGGUUGUUUUAUUCGUUACCGUCAGAUAUGGCUGGUGGCCCUGACGGCGCGCAAGUUGACGCGGUUGGUAACUUGUGGAUUGCCAUUUCCGGCGCUGGAAAGUGCAUUCGCGUCGAUAAGAACACAAACAUGGUCGAUUUAGAGGUUCGUUUACCGGUCUCUUCGCCCACUUCGUUGACGUUCUGCGGGAACGAUUGCAAAACCUUAGUCAUCACGACGAGAAAGAAAGAGAACAGAAAAGACGCGGGGUCGUUAUUCUCGGUGCGAAUACCCGAUAUCGGAGGGUUACCAGAACCAGAGUAUGGCAGCUCUCCAAUUAUCGAUCGACUCGGGUUCCAACGAGGCGGAAGGAACGAAUAUAGCAACUACUCGAAUAACAACAACAACAACCAAGACGCGUUUAUGAGCAACGUCAAUGGCUACGCCGCCAACGGCAUCAACAACGUCGGCAGUAAGCUCAACGGCGUCAACGUUGAGCGACGAUUCAAUGCGAAUAAUACCGCCAACCAACACGAGUUGCACGAACCCGAAUUUGUCCCGCGCAUCAACACCGCCACCGCCGCUCGAUCUUCAGUAGGCGUCGCCAAGUUUUGUGAACGGUGCGGCUGUCAAUUUUCCAGCGCAGCUUCCAACUUUUGCAGCCAGUGUGGCACUCCGCGCGCUUCUUAG